CGAACAAGUCUCCUACGACACCGCCCCUUCCGUUAUUGUCUAUCUUCAUCACCUCGCUGACAUCAAGAAAACGCCAUGGCCUACGCUGAUGACUACGUGCUUGGUAGAGCCCUCUCAGAUUCCGUCCGCCUGGACGCCCAGCACUUGCUCUGGAAGCUCCACACUGGAUACACUUUGCACCCGCAGAUCCCAGUCAGGGCAGAUAUGAAGGUUGCCGAGCUCGGGACCGGUACCGCGAUUUGGCUAUUCGAUCUGUCCAAGGACCUCCCACCGGCAACCCAGCUGCACGGGUUUGACAUUUCGGGGGAUCAGUUCCCUGCGCCGGAAUUGUGGCCCUCCAAUGUCAGCCUCGGUCUUCUGAACUCCCUGGUCGAUCCACCGCCGUCCUUGACAGGUCAGUACGAUGUGGUGCAUGUCCGGAUGUGGGCGAGCAACAUCAAGGACGGCAACCUUGCGCCGCUCGUCUCGCAUAUCGCCAAAUUGCUGAAGCCGGGGGGGUACGUCCAAUGGGAGGAAGCAGACUUGGUGCAUCAGGUCAUCGCAGGAGCCAAGGCCGAGAGAUUUGGGGAGAAGGUGCCCGCCCUGUUUCGGAAAGCUGGCCUGGACUAUAGCUGGGCGUCGGCCAUCCACGACCACUUGGAACAAGCCCGGCUGGGGGUGUUGGAAUCCAGAACAGACCGGUUCCAGCCGUUCCUGGUCCAGAAAUGCACGGACACAUACCUGCUUGCGCUGGCGGAGAUCCUGCGGGGCAUCGGGCUGACAUGUGCGGAGGAUGUGCUGCCGCUGCUGCGUGAGCGCGAGGCCGACCUGCGCGAGCUGAGUGCCCUGCAUAACAAGGGGAUCAUCUACAACUGGUCGCCGAUCAAGAGUCUGGCCCAGAAGGGCGAAUGAAGGGGGGAAAAUGCUCUCCUCCUAACGUCGGCCUGGCGUGUGAUCGAAACUGGGUUGCGGGGUG